GUGGGUCAGUGUGGAAUGGCAACGAUGUGCCUCAGUGUUGACAUAACUUCAGUGGUGUGUGGACGCAUGUCGCUCUGCUCCAGUUGCCCCAUUAACUAAGGAUGACGACCUUAUGAAGAGGCGGGAGGCGGCUGCAGCUCCUCCUGCGAUCCUAGCGGUCUUCCUUCAUGGACCAGUCCGCCUCGCUCUCCGCCCCUCUUCUCCACCACCAUGAAUUCGAGGUGGCGGCGGCGGCGGGCCCUGACGGCGGGGAGGAGAGUGUUAGUAUUAGCAGCAGCCCGACGAGGAAGAGAGGGGCGGGCAGGGUGCGGGGGCUGGCGAGUCUGCUGGCGAUCAACUCCCUGGUGUGUGGCGUGGAGAUCGUGUCCAGCGCUGCCUUCACCUUCAUCCCGCCGCUGCUCCUGAAGGCGGGCUACACCGAGACUGUCAUGACCAUUAUACUCGGCAUCGCUCCCUUCCUGGACAUGGGCACGGUGCCUCUGCUGGCUGAGUGGAGUGACCAGUGCACCUCAACCCUGGGGAGGAGGCGGCCAUUCAUCAUGUUCCUGUCAUUGGUUCUCCUCUUCUCCCUCACCGUCAUUCCCUACGGCCCCACCAUUGCCUUGAUGUUCUCCGAUGAGGCGUCUCCCAAGCUAAACAUGAUCAUCCUUGCCAUGGGUGUCAUCUUGUUGGACUACAGUUACCAGGCACUGUUCAACCCCUGUGAGUCCCUCCUGUCUGAUCUGCUGGCCACAUCCCCUGAGUGGGAGCAGACGCGUGGCUUCACUGUAUACUCUGCCUCCAUCUCCCUUGGUGGCAUCCUGGGCUACCUCAUUGUGUCCAUCGAUUGGUCCUCCACUGGGUUUCUCCUCGGGUCCCAGGAGCAGACAGCCUUCUCUGUGAUCUUUGUGAUGUUCCUGCCGUGUCUGUUCCUGACUCUGUGCUUUGCUCGGGAGAAGCCCUUCACACCCUCCUUGGGAUCACUGGGGCAUGGGCAGAUGGAGGCAGGAGUGGGGGAGGAAUACCUGAAGGCACGUGGCAAGGAGAUGGCUGUGCUAGACCUCACCAGGGACCCACCAACGCUGGUGAGGGACCAUCCUUCUGAUGGCGGCUAUGAGAGCGGCUCCAGCGAGACGGAGGAGAUGGCGCCGCUGGUGUUGCCGUCCUCAGAGAUGCUGCGGUGGAGGUACCAGCGCCUCGUCCACCAGCUGAGUCGUCUGCCACACCUCACCCUGCAGCGCGUCAUCAACGGGCUGCUUCGGCUGCUGUGGAAGCUGUUCAUGCUAGUGCUGUACCUGCCCUACCAGGUGAUCAAGCUGCCCCAGGACACAUGGCGGCGGGUCAGCACGGCGCCCACUGUGCUGCGACGGCUAUUUCUGUCUGAGCUGUUUGGCUGGAUGGGCUUCAUGUGCCAUAACAUGUUCUUCACUGACUUUGUGGGGCAGUACAUGUAUGGUGGGCUUCCUGAUGCCCCAGAGCACACCACUGGAGCCCUGCUGUACGAUGAGGGGGUUCGCAUGGGCUCCUGGGGACUCUUCCUUCACAGCCUGACUGCUUGCCUGUAUGCCUUCUUUGUCCAGCAACACAUAGUCGACAUCAUAGGGCACCGUGCAGUGUUCCUCGGUGGCCUGGCCGGGUUCUCCCUCACCAUGCUGGCCACCAUUGUGUCGCCCAACAUUACCUUCCUCAACGUGGUCACUGCCAUGUCAGGGAUUGGGUUUGCAGCCCUCACCUCCAUGCCAAACAUGCUUGUCACUCUCUAUAACUCUGACAGACAGCUGUAUAUGUGGGACGAACAAAGCCCUGAGGGAGGCGAGGAACGGGGCCUUGGGACAGAUGUGGCGGUGCUGGACACUGCCUACUUCCUCUCCCAGAUCAUUCUCUCAGUGUGCAUGGGACCGCUGGUAGACUUGACAGGCUCAGCACUGCCCUACAUGGUGGUGGCAGCAUUCACCGGGAUCAUCUCUGUCUACUGUGGCACCAAGAUUGUGUUCACCGACACAGACCUGAGGCAGCUGCGGCUUGGUCUGUUUUAGUGGUGGUGCUGACUUGCCUUAGUAGUCUUGGGGAGGGUCUGAUAGGGGGAAGGUAUGGGGAAGAUAGGGACUGGGACUGUUAGGGAUUUCUUGGGUGGGAAUCAAGGGGAGGUGUGUAGAGAGGGAGGUGUUAAGGUAGCUGUUUCCUUGUCAAUCAAUCAAUCACACACGAGGUGCUCAUUUAUACAUCGAGGUGUUGAAACAUGUGUUAGAGGACUGUAGCAAGGCCAGGGUGUGUGAUGGUGUGUUGGGUGUGCAGUGUAAAGGGAAAUGUGUCCUUUAUAGAGUGCUGGGAGUAUGUGCAGUGUAAAGGGAAGUGUGUCCUUUAUAGAGUGCUGGGAGGUUGGUCUGUUCUCAUUGUUGCCCCAAGAUGCUACACACUCACUGAUGUGGAGUUGAGACGGGUCAGAAUGUCGCUGAAGCCUUCCGUGUGAGUGUUGCAGUAUUACUCAUGCAACAGUAUUUGCAGUGGUUAGGGUUACUUUAGUGUAUUUAUAGCAAGUUGACUUCUUUUUUUUAUAC